CAGUAGACAUGGCGCUGGCCAGCGUGUUGCAGAGGCCUCUACCGGUGAACCAGCGCGGCUUUUUCGGUCUUGGGGGUCGCGCGGAUCUGCAGGACGUGGGUCUAGGGAGUUCAUGCGAUGGGCUGAGUCUGGCUGCGCCUAAAUGGGGUGUCCCCGAGGAACCAGGGAUCGAAAUGCUUCAUGGAACCACCACUCUGGCCUUCAAGUUUCGCCAUGGUGUCAUCGUGGCAGUGGACUCCCGGGCCACAGCAGGUGCUUACAUUGCAUCCCAAACGGUGAAGAAGGUGAUCGAGAUCAACCCCUACCUGCUAGGCACCAUGACUGGAGGUGCAGCGGAUUGUAGCUUCUGGGAGAGGCUGUUAGCUCGGCAGUGUCGAAUCUAUGAGCUUCGAAACAAGGAACGCAUCUCAGUAGCAGCUGCCUCCAAGCUGCUGGCCAACAUGGUCUAUCAAUAUAAAGGCAUGGGGCUGUCCAUGGGUACCAUGAUCUGUGGCUGGGACAAGAGAGGCCCUGGCCUCUACUAUGUGGACAGUGAAGGUAACCGGAUCUCAGGGACCACCUUCUCUGUAGGUUCUGGCUCUGUAUAUGCCUAUGGGGUCAUGGAUAGGGGCUACUCCUAUGAUCUGGAAGUGGAAAAGGCCUAUGAUCUAGCUCGUCGAGCCAUCUACCAAGCUACCUACAGAGAUGCCUACUCAGGAGGUGUGGUCAACCUCUACCACGUCCGGGAGGAUGGCUGGAUCCGAGUCUCCAGUGACAAUGUAGCUGAUCUACAUGACAAGUACAGUGGACCUGCCCCCUAAGGGAGGCUGAAUGCAUCUGCUUGCAUUUAUUGGGGUGUCAUUGAUAAUAAGAGCACAGCACCCCAUCCUGUAGUACAGGGGUUUCUAAUUGAUCCUUUUAUUAAGCUCAUGUACAUUGACCUUCAUUGUGUUACCAGAUGUUAAUGAGCUGCUGCAGAAGAAAUUAUUUGUAUUACUUUUUUUUGCUGUUAACAUUACACUACUCAC